GAACCAGACUGAAUUUUAACCCAAUUGACUUGUGCACGAAACCUUACUGCAUGUACUGUACACGUAAACAUGAUGAACGGGGGAAAAAUACCGGCGUAAUUAUUUUAAAACAUUUGUAAUUCCAACCAGUGCCAGCGGGUCUGUGUUCAUUGACGCGUUGCAACGAUGUCUGUCAUUGAGGGAAUUGGCGAUGAAGUCACUGUACUUGCUGGUGUUCUAGUCCUAGCAAUAACUCUUCUAGUUGCCUGGCUGUCAACGUCCGUCUCGGACAGGGCUGGAGUUAGGACCACGUCCCCCAGACCCGAUGAUACUAGCGUAGCAGGGGAACAGCCGCAUUCCGUAGAGCCAUCUGCAGGAAUAGAGGAAGCUAAUGUGCUGAAUAGGAGUGGUGGCACAGAGAAUACAAGAACAGAAAGCGACGGCUCAGUUUUGAUGGGUACAACCUCAUCAGACAUCUCUUAUGGCACACAGAAUGCAAGAAACCAAGUACUUGAAGGGGAGAACACUGAUGCUGCAUCAACUAGAAGCGAAGAUAGGACAGGUCUUGAGGAAACGGACUUAAGAAGAACUGAACAGAGCACUGCGAGUCAAGACAAUGCAAAAGCCGAAACCUUACCCCAAAGUGUUGUCAGAAACAGGCUAACUGGGGAAACAUGCAUUUAUCCUACGUCUUCAGGAAAUACCACCACUAGCCAAAGUAUUCCAAGCAGUACUACUUCCAUUCAAAAAGAGGACAGCCAAUCAGGGGAUGCGACCCAGACUGGCACUGAUGAAGAUGCCCAAUCAGAACUGUUGUUGGAACAGAGCGCUGGCAACCGCGCAGAUUCUGACCAAUCGGAUGCGCAGACACAAAGCGACGGACAGGAGCAGACUCCAGAGGGCGCUGUCUGCAUCCGUAUCAAGUACCUGACGGACAGGGAGAGGCUGGUUUACGCAGACCCAACUGAGAUUCUGAGUAGCUUCAGGCAACGGACGUUUUCUGAAGAGAUCAACUCUGGACAGACGGUUCGACUCAUCUUCAACGGCCAUCUCCUUCAGGAUGACAACUCGACCCUCGCCGACCUCAACUUGACCCAGAACUGUGUCAUUCACUGUCUCUUGUCACAGACGGCGACGCCGUCCAAUGCAGGGUUAGACGUUCAAGAAACAGAUGUGGAUCUGGGUCGAUUCAUGAUCCCGCUAUUCACUUGCAUUCUAGGCUUCGUCUGGUACCUACGCUGGCAGUACCGAUACAUGUUCAAUGCCACAUCUACCCUAUCUCUUGUGGGAGUCACCACCCUAUUUAUCUUGGCUGUUCUUGCCAGCUGGCGGGGUUGAAUAGUUGACAGUUGUUGACUGCUGUGAUGUGGUAUUGGUGUUUUUAACACCCGAAGGGAGUAUAGUUAGUACCCGAGGCAAAACGCCAUAUCCCACAUCACAGCAGUUGACUAUAUUUUUGUUAUAUCGUGCCAAUCAGU